UCAGCCAAUGCCUUCCCUGCAUAUAUACUUCCCCUCUACCUAAUCUUUUGGCGAAUUAAUAUAAAUUGCGAACACAUCACAACUUCAAAAUAUAGAGAAAUAUUACUUUAGUUGAUUAUGGAAGGUCCAACUCUUCGCGUGGCAAUAAUAAUAAUAUUACCUGUUUUUAUUCUCUUCUUCUCUAUCCAAAUAAACUUUAGCUCAGCAGACACAAAUACCCAGUACGUACAAGCAUCUUGUAGUAACACAACUUAUCCUGAAUUAUGCUAUUCCUCUCUUUCAUGCUAUGCAAGAAAAAUUCAAAGAAACCCUAAAACUCUAGCCUAUGUUGCCCUUAACGUGACUCUAACAGCCACCAAAUCAGCAUCAGAGUUUAUUAAAACCCUGUAUAAUAAUAAACUCCAUGGAUUGAAGCCUAAAGAGGCUGCAGCUAUGGCAGAUUGUGUGGAGCUGGCAGAUGAAGCAGUCGAUGAGCUGGAAAGGUCUAUCGGAAAGAUGGGUCGAGCAAGAGGAUCAAAUUCUGAUCCUGUAAUUAAUGACAUUCAAACUUGGGUUAGUGCAGCUUUAACAGAUGAUAAUACUUGCAUGGAUGGAUUUUCAGGUGAUGUUUUGGAUGGAGAAGUGAAAAGUAUAGUACUGAAAAAUAUGACACAAGUUGCUCAAUUGACAAGCGUUGCUUUGGCUCUUGUAAAUAGGUUUGCCUCCUCGAAAGGAAAUUCUGUGUUAGUACUUUGAUUAAUAAUUAAGCUCUAUAUGAUAAUGUAUUGAAUAAGCAUAAAAAAUUGUAAAAUUGUAAAAUUUUAAUUUUGUGCUUGAUAUUGGAGUUGAAGUGUGUCGAAUUUGAUAUGUAUAAUAAGUUUCAUAAUAAAGAGUAUCAAAAUGUAGUUUAACAAA